AUGAAAAAGAAAUACAGACAUGUUGCAGCAGUGCAUUCGAAGCCUAGAACGUCAUGUCUCAGUCACGAUUCCCAGGUGUCUCCAAGUUUCCUUGGUUUCAGGAACUUGAUGGUUAUUGUCCUCGUUGUCGGGAACUUGCGCUUGAUGAUUGAGAACUUUAAAAAGUACGGGGUCCUAAUAUGCAUACGAUGCCACGAUUAUCGAAGACAAGAUCUCAUAUUAGGGGCAGCUCUAUACUUUAUCAUACCAUGCCAUCUCUUUUUAGCGUACAUUGUUGAAUUGGUAGCUGCACAACAAGCCCAGGCCUCGUUGCGAGCGGGGAAGAAGAGGGACGGGACAGCCACACCUGGGGGAAGCUACAUUGCAUCCGAUGAAGAGCGCCGAAAGUUCCAGUCAACCUGGAUCUUGAUAGCUUGGAUCCACGGCAUCAACGUCAGUUUGUGCCUACUUAUAACCUCUGUUGUGGUUUACUUCUUCAUUCACCACCCCUUGAUUGGCACAUUGUCAGAGGUUCAUGCGAUCAUCGUUUGGUUGAAGACCGCGUCCUACGCUUUUACCAAUCGAGAUCUCCGCCACGCAUACCUUCACCCGUCGAGGCGAGAGGAAGAUGCACUCCCAGAGAUAUACAGUGAAUGCCCGUAUCCGAAGAAUAUCACACUCGGCAAUUUGACCUACUUUUGGUGGGCUCCAACUUUGGUUUAUCAGCCCGUCUACCCCAGGACCAAGAAGAUCAGAUGGGUUUUUGUCAUCAAACGUAUGUCUGAAGUUUUCGGAUUGAACGCAUUCAUGUGGAUUGCUAGUGCUCAAUAUGCAGCGCCGGUAUUACGGAAUUCGCUGGAUAAGAUGGCUUCACUUGAUCUACCGUCGAUUCUGGAGAGAUUGAUGAAAUUGUCAACAAUUAGUUUGGUUAUUUGGCUGGCUGGCUUCUUUGCUCUGUUCCAGUCCUUUCUCAACGCAUUGGCCGAAGUUAUGAAGUUUGGGGACAGAGAGUUCUACACUGAUUGGUGGAACAGCCCCAGCGUGGGAGUAUAUUGGAGAACCUGGAACAAGCCAGUCUACCAAUUUAUGAAGAGACACGUCUUCUCGCCAUUGAUUGGUAGGGGUUGGAGCUCUGGUGCUGCAAGCAUUGCAGUUUUCGUAUUCUCAGGGGUGCUUCACGAGCUACUUGUAGGCAUACCGACACACAACAUAAUUGGUGCGGCGUUCAUCGGCAUGGUUGCUCAGCUCCCACUAAUAGCCAUCACGGCGCCUUUAGAGAAAAUGGAGGGUAUCAAUGGGCGAAUCAUCGGAAACUGCAUUUUCUGGAUUUCGUUCACACUCAUCGGUCAGCCUUUGGCGGCGCUGCUUUACUUUUUUGCCUGGCAAGCGAAAUAUGGCACUGUCAGCAAACAGCUUGUGAAAGCGUAA